CCCCUCGCGCCCCCGCGCCCGCGCCCCCCGCGCCCGCGUCCCCGGCGCCGCCGGCCCGGAGCUCCCGGAAGCCUCGGUCCCGCCGCCGCCGGCACUCGCGAGGGGAAGCCCGGGCCGCCCGGGACCUCGGCCCGCUCCUCCGGUCCCGAGAGGCCGCCGCAUCGGCUGACACCCCAGAUGCUGCUGCUGCCGCCUCGGCCACCCCACCCUCGGUCCUCCUCCCCAGAGGCCAUGGACCCACCGCCCCCCAAGGCUCCCCCUUUCCCCAAGACGGAAGGCCCUUCCUCCACUCCAUCCUCGGCGGCAGGCCCCCGGCCCCCGCGGCUGGGCCGCCACCUGCUCAUCGACGCCAACGGGGUGCCCUACACAUACACGGUGCAGCUGGAGGAGGAGCCCCGGGGCCCGCCCCAGCGCGAGGCAGCGCCGGGAGAACCCGGGCCGCGCAAGGGCUACAGCUGCCCGGAGUGCGCUCGCGUCUUUGCCAGCCCUCUGCGGCUGCAGAGCCACCGCGUGUCGCACUCGGACCUCAAGCCCUUCACGUGCGGCGCCUGCGGCAAGGCCUUCAAGCGCUCCAGCCACCUGUCGCGGCACCGCGCCACGCACCGCGCGCGCGCAGGCCCGCCGCACACCUGCCCGCUCUGCCCACGUCGCUUCCAGGACGCCGCGGAGCUGGCGCAACACGUGCGCCUGCACUGAGUUCCAGACCCUCGGGGCCUCGCGAGCCACACAGCGUCACUCCCACACGCGCUCCCUGCCUUACCCGGGGCCUCCGUUUCUCCAUCCGCCCAAAGGGAGAAACACCAGCCCUUCCUUACCUUCCUUCUAGCUGUGUGAUGUAGACCAAGCCGUUGCCCCUCCCUGGGCCUGGGAGCCAGUCUCGGAGCUGGGUUCCGGCCCGGCUGUGCUGCGCGAGCCUUUGCAGGAGACAACGUCUCUGGGCCUUGGUCUUCGGCUCCGAAGUGGUGAACGGUUGUGUGCGCGGAAGAUUUGACAAAAGAGCACGGCGCGGUCUGGCUCAUUUCUGUUAUCUCCCCCUUUCCACCCACAGCCCUCACCCCUUACUCAAUAAACAUUCCGCACUCCA